AUGAGUGCUAUGAAUGACUCCCUGGAUGAGACGCGCAGCCUCGGGGAGAAAGCGGCCAUAUUUCGGGGAGCGAAAGGCAGCGGGAACGUCGUCGGCUCGGCCUUCAUCCCGUUGCGCUCGCCCUUGCAGCCGCCCAACGCUGCGGUCUCCUCUCUCUUCAAGGGAAACAGGAAAAGUAGAGAGGUGGACGAAACACAAAUGGGACAUGUCCCGAAUCCCUUCCCAGAGUUGCUGCCGUCCACUGUCUCUCUAGUGUCUGAGUGUCUGUUACCCUGGACCAAAAACAGUGCGACUCAGCUGCAGCACACUGCUCUGUUGUUUGGCUCUCUGGGACGGUCAAGGCCGCUGCGUCUGAGCAGUCGUAGCGCCUGCCUGUCUGCGCUACCACUGCCCACUGCUGAUAAAGACCACGAGCCUCUCGCUCUCUCGGGUCACUUUGGACGAGAGGACGAAGGAAUUCUGCUCCGAUCUUAACAGCACGCGGAGCUUGUGUGGACACGAACAGAAUCUGACUGCAGAUUGGGCUUGAUAAGUGAGAGUGGGAUUAGAGGAACUGUGUGUGUGUGUGUGUCGGGGGGAUGGUGUGAGAAUACGUGUGUUUAUUUGGGU